UGGCUAGCGGGACCCUAUGGCGAAAUUGAAAUAAACGUUUGAGCCCUGUUGCUGCUGAUUGUUUGUCGACUCCCCAAUGAGGAUUGUUUUUAGCUGUUUGUUCAAAAUUCUGGAUCGUUAACAGUUUUAAAAUGGGGGACCAUGUUGAGCUACAAAUCACUCCUGAGACUCCAGGCAGGCCUUCAGUAAGAAACCCCUUUGAAAGUCCCAAUGACUACCAUCACCUCCGUGAAACCCUGGUGCCAAGCCCAUCUGUCUUCAAGUCCAGGUCUUGUAGUAAAGCAACUCCACCCAAGUUUAACUGGUCAAUUGAUGAAAUGGCCAGUCUUCUCCCAGUGCACAUAGACCCAGAGGAAAUUCAGCGACAGUCUUUAUACCUCAGCCAGACAAGGAUGGAUACUGAUAUUGAAGAAAAGCGUCAGAAUGCUAUUGAACAGUUUUUUACCAAAGAAGCAAUCGUGCCUUCGCCCUGGGCAGCACCAAACACCCGUAAAGGCCUUCAGAUGUACACCAAAAGCUCUAAGUCUGAAAUUAUUGAAGAGGAGCCCGAAAAAAUCUCAGUUGCUUGUCAGACUACUCUUUCAUUACCUUUGGAUUUUGAUUUGGAGAAAAUACUAGGGGAUUAUUACCGCAACGAGGAACCAUGUGAUGCCAUGCACGAGAGUCUCAGUUCCUCCUCCUUAAGAAGAAAACUGUUCCUCGAUGGCCAGGGCGCUUACAGCGGCUCUGACAGCUCCUGCCCACCGAGCCCCGAGAGAAGCCACACAUCGCAGGGGAGGCUCUCUCUAAACCGAGGAGCAGGAGCUGCAGGAGGGGCAGCAAGCUCUGAGGGGGAAUCUAUAUCGUCUAGCUUUGCCUCCCCUUUGUCUUGUGGGUUGUCGGGUCCUACUCCCUCUACGGGUCAGUUCUCCUCGAGUCCCAUCCAGAAUGGCCGCUUCCGGGACUGCAGCCUCGGUAGCAUCACCAGUCCUCUGUUCCCGGACAGGUCUUCUCCUGCAGGCCUCGUCUCCCCCACAAUUUCUCCUAUUGUUUCUUAUGCAGCUUGUACACCCAUAUCUUCAGUUGAGAAGAAGAAGCCGAGCAAUCUGACACCACUUGGCGUCCCCCUGGAAAUAAAUGCCCCUCCCUGCAAUGUGAGUCCAUUUGUCGAGGGUUGCUCUCCCAUUCGUAGCUGCUCCCCCCACCAGCUCCUUUGCCACAGUGAGCCUCAGCACAAUGCCAGACCUAAGCCCAGACCCAGAGUUCACUGCUGGGCGUCCCCUCCCCUCAUCUCUCCGAUCUUCAACCCUAAGCUCCAAGACAAUCAGGAGGCUGAGGACCAACUCCCUUUCUCCCCCCACUCCUUUGCCUCGUCUUCCUCUUCUCUCCCCAUUAUGGAGCUAGAUCCAUCUUCACCGCUUGCCUGCGAUGCUCACUCCGCUGCCACUGAGAAGGUAAACCUGGAUCCUAUGGAACCUGUGAAAAUGGAGGAGGGCAAGGACUCAGAGAUGGAAGGGAGGCUGGAGGAUGAAGAGGAGGAAGGUGGAUUGCUUUCGGGACAGCUGACCAGCUCUCGUAUGGGCAAUGUGUCGGCAAUAGAAAGCUCUCACAUGUUUCUAUCUCUUCUGACCGAGGGGAGCAGCAUACGCUACGAUUCCAGCAUGCAGGUGGACAGUGGGUACAACACUACCUCAGCGGGCACUGCCAGUCUUAUAGAUGGACUCAGCUCAGACAAUGGCAAAGAGUCCUUCAGUUCGACCAUGGCAGAAGAAUUCUUCCAACCCACUCGAUACACUAAAGUAAAGGCAUUUUAUCAUCACCACUGAGCCAUUUAAAGGGAUGCCUCUUCCAGUGGAAGCUUCAGCUGAUUAAUUUGCAAUCAAAUACCACAAAGUUUACUCUAUGUUUUGAAGCACUCAUGUUGCAUUAAUUUGUUUAGGGUGAAAGGAGUCAACUGAACAAUCCAGUAAGAACUGAAGCGGGGUUUCACAAAUGGUUGACUAGUUAAUGGACUAAACAUUUUCCACUUUGAGACACGGAAAAGCUAUGAUUAUUAGUCCACAGUUCUUUUGGACCUUGUAUUGUAUAAUAUACAAGGGGGUAAGGGGGAAGAGAAAUUAGUAAACCCUGUAUCAAACUUGCACAAAUACCUCCUUUAAUGUGUUCAGAUGAAAUCAGAUUUGUACUGUACUUACCUUUUCUUAAAACUCAAAUGUAUCAUGUUUUUAUAUGGAAUAAUUGUUUAAAUUCAGGUUACUUGUGCCUCUUAUUUGGAUUGUCGAAUAUUAGUAGUAGAUUGGAUAGAAUAUUUAUUUCUGACUAGACACAUAAUGCCACUAAUUAGUUCAAAGCCUGUUGAGCCAUUUUUGAUAUACCUAAAAGCCUGGGCUGUAUUGUUGUGACAUCAAUAAAUUAACUUGAAUUCUU